AGUAUUCUCAAUUUCACCUCACCUCACACCGGCUACUCUCUCCUCCGAUCGAUAGCUCCGCCCGCCCUUUGACUUCCUCUGUUUCCUUGCCGCGCAACAGCACAAACCAAGCGUCGUCGGAGCUUUCCAUUCCAUCCAUGACCAAGGUGCACCCCAACGUCGCAGCCGCCGCGGCGGUGGCUGCUUCUCUCGCGGCAGCGGCAGCGGAGGAGGAGAAGAAGGGAGAGGCGGUGUCGCUCACGGUGUGGCGGCGCUCGCUGCUCUUCAACGGGAAAGGCUUCACCGUGUUCGACAGCAACGGCGACCUCGUCUUCCGGGUCGAGACGUACGCCGGCGGCUCACCCCGCGAGGUCGUCCUCAUGGACGCCGACGGCCGCGCCCUGCUCACCAUCCGCCGCAAGAAGCUGAGCUUGGCGGACGAGUGGCUCAUCUACGACGGCGACGCGGCCGCGUCCUCCUCCGCGCCGACGCCGGCGCCCAAGCGGUUCACGGCGCGGCGGAACAUCAGCCUGCUCCCGACCAAGUCCCUCGCGCGACUGUCGCCGGCGCGAGCGUCGGGGGGAGCUGGGGACGCGCCCAGCUGCCGGUACGACGUGGAGGGCUCCUACGCCAGCCGAAGCCUCGAAAUGUUCGCCUGCGCCUCCUCGGCCUCCGGCGGCGACCAGCGUCGGCGCGUCGCCACAGUCUGCCGGAAGGAGGCCGCCGUCGGCCCGGACGUGUUCCGGCUGGUGGUGGAGCCGGGCUUCGAACCGGCGCUGGCCAUGGCCGUCGUCAUACUCCUCGAUCAGAUGAACGCGUCUUAAAGCCUCGAUACAGGCACGCGAACCAUGCCAUGCAGCGCAAAGGCUGCCGUGGGACGAAGUUUCCAUGAUUCAGGAAGAACCGUUCCCGAUCUCAAUCAAGAAACCACACCCAAAAAAAAAAACGAGAGAAUAGGAAGCAAUCUGUGGUUGCUUCAGAGCUCAGGACACCAAUUUUUUUGCUUCACCGCUCAUGAGCAGAUGAUCGGAAGAAGCAUUUUUUUCAGGGGUGCCAUCUGUUGUUGUGUUUUGGAUUCAGGAUGUAUAGGGGGUUUUCUUUUAGAGAUCAGACUGGGGCUGUGCCGGGUUCUCGUACUGUUUUUGUUGGUGAAAAAUAAAUCCGAGCACGUAGGAUCAGGAGACGUAGGUGUGGGUGUAUAUGGACUUGUAAAAUCCGAUCCUUUUUGUUUCCUUCAAUGGAAAUUCUGAUUGUUGUAUCAUAAGUA